AAAUGGCGAAUUCUUUGGAAGGAGGCUCGUUGUGAAGACUGUUUUCUCUGUUUCUUCUUUAAAAGAAGUCAAUCCUUUAGUUGAAAAAGAAGCAAAAACUCCUAUCCUUUAUGUCUUGUUCCUCUUCUCCUAGUUUUGAGGUUGUUAUUGAGGAGGAGGUCACUUCGUCUGGGGGCAUUCCUGGGCGGUACGAGUGUGACUAUGAUGGCUGUGAGAGAUCCUAUGCCUCUCGUUCAAACCUCAGGGCUCACAUAAGAGCCCACGAAGGACGCUACAAUCACAAGUGUGAUCACGAUGGCUGUGAAAAGGCAUUCCUCUCCUCCUACAGUCUUAAAGUACAUAAGAGGGUCCACACGGGGGAAAGACCUUAUAAUUGUCAAGAGAAAGGCUGCGAUAAGUCUUUCAACACUCAGUAUCGACUGACGGCUCAUAAAAGACUACACACUGGAGAAACCUUUGAUUGUAAUUACGAUAAAUGUCCGAAACAAUUCACGACAAAGAGCGACCUGAAGAAACAUGAGAGGACGCACACUGGCGAACGGCCGUACCAGUGUCUCCUUGAUGAGUGUGGGCGUUCAUUCACGGCUCCACACCACCUCCGUAAUCAUCAACUCACGCACAAUAACAACGGAGAGGGAAACAAGAAGAAACAGCACCAGUCAACAUCAGGUGCUAGUAACAAUGAAUCGUCUAACCAGCCAUUGUCUAGUGUACCUCCAGAUCUUAGUAUGUUAAUGAAUGGACUUAUGAGCAACACUGGUACUCCUCCACCCAAUGUUGAAGAUACAGUGAAUCCCGUCCCUCUGUCUAGUGAUAAUAAUGCUAUAAUAGAGGGAAAUGAGGCCAUCUCUUCUCAGCUUUUACUGGCUCUCUCUGCUAUAGAGCACUUGCAAUCGACUGGUGCCCUUGAUAACAUUGCUGCCAUGUUGAAGUCUUGUAGUGGAGGAUCUUCACCAGCUCCUUCAAUAGAUGACACUGAGAGAAUUCAACUCUCUUUACCAAAUGAGGAAUUUGCAACUGUAGCACAACCUGAGUCUUCUCUUCCUCCUUUGAUUGAAUCUGAAGGUGAAAGUGGUACACAAACACUCCCCAUUAAUUUGGAUGAAUUACUAACUGUAACUGACUCCAACUUAAUUCCAGGCAGUUAUCUUUCUUCAGUGUCACUCGUCCCUCCUUCGACUUCUACCAGGGCAGACCAAUCGGUUCAAACUGACGCGACGUGUUACUGCGGUAACAAGCCCGAUGCUCCUGCAGUUUCAAAGUGCUGUUCUUGUUGCAAGUGUAGCAGUGGCGGGCGGUGUUGCUGUGCUGAAGAGACCUAAUGUAUGUAUAACUCUCACUCAUUGUGGACAAAUAAGUCAUUAACAACUGUAAGACAUUUUAAUUCACGUGUAUAAAUCCUGAUAUUAUCUAAUGAUGAUUAUUAUUUCAAUGCAAUUCAGAAUGUUAAGCUACCGGUAGUUCAAAUCAUUGA